AUGGUGGUCAGGAAGUCUCUGUAUGAAGAGGCUUCACCACUACUCCGCCGCAGCCAGCAGGGUGAUCCUCUGAGACACCCACCGCAUCGGCGGUCUUUUACCGAGCAGUGUAAGUGGAAAAGCCAAAACGGUGGCAAGUUUCUCCUGCGCUAUUACCUUCGACACGGAUAUCGCACAGCCCCUGCGCGAAAUGUACGGAAUCGGCGGACUAAAUGGCGUCAAGGGAGCGCAGAGGACACCAAGUCAGAUACAACCAAACGUGAAACAGCGCUUCAGGAGCAACUGCCAAGGGUAGCGGAGGAGUGCCAAGAUGGAAUCCUCAAGGAUACCUGUGGGUUGUGGGGUGAAGAUGCCGGAAAGCAGUGCCAACCGACGCUUCGACCUUGCGCUUCUGGUUGUACCAAGUAUAUACUCCGUACCUCGCUGGGCGGAGGCAGUACUAAGUACAAGCCGCUAAGGUACCAGGCAAUUUGCCUAGACGCUGGUUUUUUGAGACAAGAGAAGAAGAAGAACGAAAAUUGGAGCAAAAGGACAGAUUUAAAUAUUUAUUGGACGCCAGGGAACAUCGGAAGGCAAGGGGAGAUGAAGAUACGACACACGUAA